CUCAGUUUCCUUUUUAUUCACAUUGCAUUAAGUAUUUUACUUGUUAAUUAUGGCUACUUUGCUUCUUUCUCUUCUUGUGCUUUCCUUAUUCCCUCCAAGCAAUUCAAUGGGUCCCCCUUCUCCUGGCUAUUAUCCUAGUUCUAGAGUUGGACCAGUACAGUUUAAGCAAAGUUUUAGAAACUUAUGGGGUCCUCAACAUCAGUCACUGAACCAGGAUACCUUAACAAUUCGGCUUGAUCAUAAUUCAGGGAGUGGCUUUAAAUCUCAAAGAGAUUAUCGAUCUGGUUUUUUUGGCACGUCUGUCAAGCUACAACCUGGUUACACUGCUAGAAUUAUUACUUCUUUCUACCUUUCGAACAGUGAAGACUUUCCAGGGCAUCAUGAUGAAAUUGAUAUUGAGUUCCUUGGGACGACGCCAAAUAAGCCAUACAUCUUGCAAACAAAUGUGUACAUAAAAGGAAGUGGAGAUGGUCAUAUUAUUGGGAGAGAAAUGCAGUUUCACCUUUGGUUCGACCCAACUAAAGGUUUUCACAAUUAUGCUAUUCUAUGGAACUCCAAUGAGAUCAUAUUUUUUGUCUAUGAUGUUCCAAUCAGAAGGUACCCUAGGAAAAGUGAUGCAACGUUUCCACAAAGGCCAAUGUAUGUGUAUGGUUCGAUUUGGGAUGCUUGGUCAUGGGCUACCGAUGAUGGAAGGAUCAAAGCUGAUUAUAGGUACCAACCUUUCAUCGGAAGAUACAACAAUUUCAAAAUAAGUGGUUGCACCACCAAUGAUAACCCUUCAUGCCGCCCGCCUUCUGGCUCUCCGUCGAGGUUUGGCAGGCUGAGCCGCAAGCAGAAUGAUGCCAUGGAAUGGGUGCAAAGGAACUAUAAAUUGUAUGAUUAUUGCCACGACCCCCAAAGAGACCAUACUUAUACACCAGAGUGCUAGGGAUGGAGAAAAGGAAA